AUGGGUCAUCCUCUGAUUCUCCAUCUCCUCCUUGUUCUUCACCGCCUUCGCCCGCCGCCUCUUCCGCCGCGCGCCGCCGCCCGCCUCCACCCCCGCCGCCUCAUACAUGACCUCUCCUCCGGCGCCGCCGAAGAACCCGUCCCCUCCGCCGCAGGUCCCCUCCGACGACGAGCUGCUGUUGUGGGUCGUCGGCGGCGAGUCCCAGUUCCCGGCGUUGUGGACCGGCUGGCCGUUAUCCUCCUCCGGCAGGACAUUGGCGGAGGAAGCAGUUGCCGGAGGUACUGCCUUAUAAAGGGCUUCAGCUUUAAGGGAUCAAAG